AUCUCGCGAGAUUUCAUCCCAGCAACGGGACUUACUCCUGGGAAAUGUAGUCCAAAACACUGCCCCAGUUUGUUUGUUUUUUAAGACCUUUUGAACACCCCCUCCCUUCCAAAAAAAAAAUCUUUUGCGCAGAACCGUGCCAGCGGGCGGACAUUCCUCGCUGCACGUCGCCUACUAACAGACAACACGCUCCGCCGCAGCGCGUCACCGGGCUUUAACAACUUCCAGAUAUAAGACGACGACUACAACAACAACAACAACCAGGUGGGGGCUGUGGAGGCUACGUGGGGUGGAGGCGCAAGUGGUAAACGCGGCGGUGUCCGGAGCGAAGCCUCCGAGCGAGCAGAACGAGGCACGCGGGCGAGAAUCCGCAGGCGCAGAGCGGCGUCGGACUUGUAAACACUGGGUCCCUUUGGCCGCAAACACGCAGCGCAUUAGACGCACCGUUGGAUUAAAGCGCUGUCUGUUUCAGCGGUGUCCCCCCCCCCACCCCCCUCCUCUCCCUGAAUGAGUUACUGAGUGUUCCGACGGCCUUGGUGAUCCGUGAAGGGCACACAUGGUCCCCCGCGUCAGCGACCACCAGAGCCCCCUGCCAGUGUCCGAGGCCGCCGGGCUGGAUCUGCCCCCCUCCAGCCAAGCAAAAGACCUGAGGCCCAGAUGGACGGUGUUGGACUCCCUGCUGUGCGGCGCGUUCGCCGGCGCCGUAGCCAAAACCGUCAUAGCGCCGCUGGAUCGGACCAAGAUCAUCUUCCAAGUGUCCUCCAACAGAUUCUCUGCAAAGGAGGCCUUCCGGCUCAUCUACUGCUCCUACGCCAAGGACGGGCUGCUCAGCCUGUGGAGGGGGAACUCCGCCACCAUGGUGAGGGUCAUGCCCUACGCCGCCAUUCAGUUCAGCUCACAUGACCAGUACAAACGACUGCUGGGGGGCUACUACGGCUACGAGGGCAAAGCGCUGCCCCCCUUCCAGCGCUUCCUGGCCGGCUCUCUGGCCGGCACCACCGCCGCCAUGCUCACCUAUCCCCUGGACAUGGUGCGGGCCAGGAUGGCCGUCACAGCCAGAGAGAUGUACAGCAACAUCAUGCACGUCUUCGUGCGCAUCUCCCAGGAGGAGGGGGUGCGGACGCUCUACCGGGGCUUCACCCCCACCAUCAUGGGGGUCAUCCCGUACGCGGGGAUCACGUUCUUCACGUACGAGACCCUCAAGAAGCUGCACACAGAAAAAAGCUCGCGGGCCCAGCCGUACCCCCUGGAGCGCCUGGCCUUCGGCGCCUGCGCGGGCCUCCUGGGGCAGUCCGCCUCGUACCCCCUGGACGUGGUGCGGCGGCGCAUGCAGACGGCGGGCGUCACGGGCUGGUCGCACGGCAGCGUCCUCGGGACGGUGCGCGCCAUCGCGGCGCAGGAGGGCGUCGUGCGCGGACUGUACAAAGGGCUGAGCAUGAACUGGGUCAAAGGGCCCGUCGCCGUGGGGAUCAGCCUCACCACGUUCGACCUGGCGCACGACCUCCUGCUCAAGCUGCAGCGGAUGGGCUACUUCGCCCACUGAGCGCCGCCGCGCCCCCCCCCCUCCGAAGACGAGGAGAGCGCCUCUUUAAGUCGUUCAAACAAUCACAGCCUGGACAAUGGGCGGCACUUUGUGUACUUUGAGUUGUGUAAAUAAGAUAACGUUGCACUUUAUGAGACCUACAGGAGAUACGUUGAUUUUUAAGUUGAGUUUUUAUGGCUUUUAAUUUGUUUUUUUUGUGAUCUUUUGUGAUCUUUUUUUUUUAAAUACCCUGAUCAUGCCGGGGUAUGAAUUUUAAUGAAAGGGUAUUUGUGCAGUAUGUUUUUAUUUUAAUUUCCAGUUACAGGACGGGAGUCACCGGGGGGUAGACUGGUUGCAGGAGGGUGACUAUGUCAGCAGGACUGCACAGUUCCCCUGUCCAUCCUGCAAUGAGGAGUCAUAUUAAUGUCUAAUAUGUGGACGCAGAUCAAAUAAAUCUAUAUGUGUACAAGGGUUUGUUUUUAUGUGCAUAUUAUUAAUCAUAAGUACUGGUUCCACAUGGCGGUGCAGACUCCUUUCAUCAACGAUUUACUCGCCUGUAAAAUCAUAAAAAAUGUGUGAAUAGCUUUGAUUUUAUUGCUGAAUAUUGUGUGUAUUAUUGAUUUAUGAGUCAAUGAGUCAUUUUGUCCACUUGAGGGCGUCACAUGAUAAGGAAAUCACACUGUCAGAGACGCUCUUAAAUUGGGACCACAACGGUUACAAAUUCAUCUUUCAGAGUUUAUGUUAUGUCACGUUGGACAAAAAAGUUUUUUUUCAUCGUUACGUUAGAAUAAAAUCAAUUUAGCAAUA